UAGUGGAGGAAGUUGUGCUGUUGUUGUGCCCAAGAUGAUAAACUGCAGCAGCUUACAACAUGGUUUCUCCAGUAAUUUGCUGGUACAGUUCAAUAUCUACUACACCUUCACUGGCAGUAUCAUCGGCCUCCUCUGUAAUGCUGUGGUGCUGUGGUGCAUGGUGUGGUGCCCGAGGACACGUCCUGCAGUCAAGGUGCUGCUGUGUGCCCCCUUCUGCACUAUUCUCCUCCUGUGUCUGCUGAGGAUGUUCAUCUCAAUCCAUACCAUGUGGUGGUGCAACGACAAAAUUCUGUAUUUGCUCUCUAUAAACAUAUUAGCAAUUGGUUUCCUGACACCAAUGGAAUUCUUGUACAUCCUCGUCGUCGCCUUCCUUAGAACGGUGGCGGUGUGGUCCCCUCAGAGGCACCAGGUGAAGCUACGGACAAGCGUGACCCUUGUGGUGAACGUUCCUGUCUGGAAUACUGUUUGCUCUAUGGUAAUAGCCUCCAGCGGCAACAUUCUCCAUAUACAAUCAAAAGUGAAGAUUCUUCACACUUUAUUCCUUUUCCUGCCAGUGGUUCUCACCCUCGCCUGCUACUUCUCUAUGAUAGUGGUGAUAAGACGUAACAAGCGCCGGGUGGCUGCCACCCAAGACACUGCAGUGACGGGCAAGGUGAUGGACCAGGCCACGCGGGCCAUGCUGGCACUGUUCAUCACCAACCUGAUCCUUAUCCUACCGUUUUCCAUAAGAUUUCUUCUACCACAUCCUUACAUUACUAACAGUGUCUACAAUUCCAUCUUUGGAUUCCUUUACACAACUCACUUUUUCGCUGACCCGGUGGUGUUUGUGUGUUUCAACAACCACCACCGGAAACGCGUCCUGCAGGCACUCAAGUCCUUCCAACAAUGGGUCUGCUGCAGGCCGGCCUCCACACCCCAACACACUUUACCCACCUUUCCUCUUCGCUUCCUCCAAAAUGUCGAAGAAGGAUAUUAACGACAAGAUAUUUGUUGUUUUCUUUUUACACAACUGACUUGGUGAUUUUAUUACACACCAACAAUUUCUGUAAAUAUUCUGUAACUCUUGGUCAGAUUUUCUUGAUGUACACAAUAAGGUUGUGGAAUUCUCCUUUAGAUUACUAGUUCAUAGCAUGAUAUUGGUUUUUUUCACUAUAUCUUUGCACGCACACAGACACGCACACAGGCACACAGG